CAUGGUGAUGCGGUUUGUGUGAUGUUUCGCUGUGAUUGAGAGGGCAGAGUGUUUGAAGUGCUUCUUUUUCCACUCCUAUCACGAGAGUGCUUGUUCAAUGAUUUCCUUCCUUCCUUCAUUUCUUUCUAUCUUUGUCUCUUCCCCAACACAAGCAAUAAAUGAAGAAUGCCCACCAACACCACUAUAUCUCACCCUUCCUUCCUACCCCCCUUUCGAAGAAAAGUGCCCUUGAAAUUCCCCCAGUAGACAUCAUACAAACAUUUACGCCAUUCACUUCUUCUUCUACUUUCCUGAUACUAUUUCUCUUCUGUCGUGGGCUUUUUGCUCAGUUGGUUUACGUUGUUACGUGGGGCAUAUACGUGGUAUGUUUUAUGCCUUUCCUUGGGGUUUUCUGUUACGUUGCGGUUGAGAUUGGUGGGAUGGGGAUUCGAUGAUGUGGGCUGGCGCUGUACGGUUACCAGUAAGCCCCUCUCGAGGCAGUUUAUGACAUGCAGACUAUUUUGUAUGCGACUAUGCUAUACUCGAUACAGUAGCACCGAUCUGAUAUGAUA